ACAGAAAUGCUUGAUAUAGAGACAUUAUCAACAACAUCAGUUUCAUAAAGUUAUUUCUAGAAAUUACGCUAAACACCAAGACUUCUCCACUGAUUACGUAUUGGCCACAGCAGACGAAAUAACUUCAAACAUGAACACCUACCUUGUCGCCUCGUUCGCCAUUGGAACUGUGCUGGCUGUUCAAAUAUUCUUUAUAUAUCGAUUCAUAUUUGAUCUAAACAUUUCACCAUGUCCAAUAUGUCCAACACCGGAGACAUUGGAUAUUUCCUCAGUUCCUGAUGAUGUAUCUAAAAUCCCCAGGCAAAUAUUUGAUGUAGCUAUGUAUCUAAAAAGGGCCAGAUUACAUGCGAGAGGCUAUAAAACACGAACAGCACUGAAAUAUGCAUGUGAGCAUAUGGAUACAAUACUAAAGGGAUUCAAUACCUCUUUUGAAGAAGUCACACGACGGAAAGUAGACAAGCCAAGUAGUAUUUGUCCGGAGUACUACGUUGAUAAAAUGAACGGUUAUCAGAUCAGGAAUUGUUCCUUUUCUAAACCUCUCGAGGAGAUUGUCACAAUCGUUCGUCUUGAUUACGGUUCACCAGCUGAUAAAAAGUUUACCCGAGAUACGUACGGCGAAAAUAUCCCGGUCGUAGUUGGUGACUACGGUGGGAAAGUUAAGGAGCAGAGAAAUAUACGUGUAAAGCACAUGGAAUCUACAACCACUGAGGGGAAUGCUUUAAACAUAUUAAUACAGGAAGUGAAAACCCAAUAUACUUUAAUUGUUAGAAAUGUAACGGAACUUGAUUCGAAUUCCCGGAUCGAGAGACUUGUGCGAGAAAUAGAGAUUCUGACGGUUAACGCAGUCGGCGGGGCUAUCAGAAACUCUGAUAACUAUUGGCAUUUAGGUUGCCAUCAAAGGGUGUUCCGAAACUACACAUUAGUAUACGAGGAGGGGUACGACGAGUCGAUGCACGAUUGUGUUUUUUGCGAUCACGUUGAUGGACCAUUUCUUAUGAGAACAGAUAAGCUGAAGCAGGUAAGGUUUGACGGUAACUUGACUCCUAUGGGACUGUACGAAGAUUUUUUCAUGAGGCUGAAUUCUGACGUUGCGCUCUGUCCUGACGCCUUGUUCGAUAUGGAUUUCCCACGCCGUAGUGAUGUAACCGUUGAGUGGGAGAAGUUUGGAAGAAAACGAAAUCUUUAUAAAUUAAAGUUUUCUUUUGGACUGGUUAUACAUUUUGGAUGUAAUUAUGACUAUCCAUGUAAAAGGCGAAAAGGAUAUAUCAGGUCACCGUGCUGUAUUCAGGAAUUGGCAGAUGCAAACAAUGAAUUUAUGGAAAUGUGUGAAAAUGUGGGUGCAUCGUGCCAAUUGAAUGCGGGAACAAAUCUAGGAGCUGUGAAGAUGUAUAAAGUGAUUCCAUGGGAGGCAGACGGAGAUCUCAAUUUUCAUUGUAAUGACUUCACAAAAUUGAAAAAGGCUGGAUUAAACCUGAGUUCCAAAGGCAUAAGAGUGGGAGUGGAACAUAUCAGUCCAUGCACUCCAAAAGCAAUUCCCGCACAAUUAGCCGCACACACCAGACAUUGGCAUGUUGAUAUCUGGUCACGUGAUACAGUUGAAUCCUUCACAGUGAGAUCUGAACAUCGUAAUUUGACACGGAUUCCACAUAGUGGACGCAUAGUAUCGACAAUGAGAAACCCAGCUUUAUUUGCACGUACUAUGUACCCCGAACUCUUUCUGCACCAACAGCAUUUUAGUGAAGGUGGGAAAAUAACCGUUUAUAAAUUUGCAAAGUGUCCUACUGUUAAUAGUCAUGAUUGCAUAGACCAUUACUACGAAGACGGAAAUAUCCAAUUUAACGACCCAGUAGCAUAACAAAUAGGGCGGAGCGAGUGUUGUUUAUAUGGAAACAAAAGUUGUAAUAGUGAACCUAGUGCGUCGCACCAUCCUUAAAUUGAUGACGUUAUCCUAAUAUUGCAAAAAGAUGAUGUCGUUUUCAGAAAAAUUACGCAUGCUAGCUGUUUUUCCAUUGUUAAGUGAAGACUUAUAAAAUCUUUCGCCCCCUUUGGGUUGAGAUAGGGAAAUUUCGAGUCUUUGCUGUAUGUUGGCGACUUCGGAAUCUUUCUCCCGAGGGAGUAGAUAUGUUCCGAGUGAGGCAUAUCUCCCUUGAUCUGUGUUCUAUGAUACGAACGCCCCCUAAGUUAUGGCUUCAACAGAGCGUGGUUGAAGCGUGAAAUUGGUGUGUAAACAAACCAAUAAUACUGAGUUUUACUACAUUUUAUGUUUAUCUUGUUGCUGUAGGUAUAUUACAUAUGGUGGAAGUAGUAGAUGGUGUCACAGGACCCGAUGUAUUUAUUUAUUGCCAUAUUUUUUCAUUUUCUGUAAGUGUAUUCAACGUCAACCGGAUGUUGUUUUUGAGAUUCGAGUUUUUUUUUUGCUUACAUUAGAAUUAAGAAUAUCCAUGGAAAGCUUAAUUGAUUAAAUUUUGUAUCGGGGUAAUCUUAUGGCGCUGAGUUAUUAUUAACUUGUGUUAAUUUUGUUUCAAAAACAGCUAAUGUUUGUAUCACUUUGCGUCGGAAAUGGCGUCAUUUUCAGUGAAACCAUGUUGUCAUCUCGCUGUUUAGUUUUUCUUCCAUCUUCAAUAGGCCUUUAUUCUACCAUAUUUCAAACGUGGGAUAUCAAUGAAUUAAAAAAAAAAUGCAGGUGUUA